UCAGGAAUCUCAAGGUCUAUAUCGGCCUGUCAGCGGUGUAGAAAGAAGAAAGUGAAAUGUGAUCAGCGACUUCCAAAGUGUUCCAAGUGUGAAAAGGCUGGCUCAGAGUGUAUUGGCCUUGAUCCCAUAACAGGCCGUGAGGUUCCUAGAUCUUACGUGAUGUAUUUGGAAGAUAGAGUGAACAUGCUCGAGCAGAGACUUCGUGACAAGGGGAUCACACUUGACGAUCAGGAAACAACCGAAAUUCGCAACAGCAAGGUUAAAGUAGAAGAUAGAGUCCUUUCAAAGGGCAGUAUUCCUUGUGAGUCUUCUCUGGUGAUAGUGAAAAGCAUUCUGAUAAGCUCAGAGAAGACUGAUAUACACACAUUAGACGAAAGUCAACACGCACCAAGUAUCGCCUUUUCACGUUUGAUGUCAACAGCUGUGAAAAUACAGAAAAGGUCACUUUCUAACCUCCAGCAUCCUCUAGCUUCAAAGAGAUUUGCCAAUAACUCAGGUGCAACUACGGAUCCGAGCAACGGUAUUUUACCAGCGAUAUUGCCUCCUAAAUCAACGGCAUUACAGUUCAUUCUGAUCUUUUUCACCCAGGCGAAUCCUCAGUUGCCAAUUUUCCAUCGUGAAGAGUUCAUCUCCAAAUACUUCAUACCUAUCUACGGCUACUUCAACUAUGAAGAAGUGUCUAUUGCGUCAGAUUAUACAUCUAUAAAUGCGGCUUUCUUCGAGAACGAAAAUAUGAAAGUACCGUGGACACCGUGGUUUGAGCAGUAUAAGGACAAUUUCCAGUCAAUCUUGGGCACAAAUGCUAGCAAAGCUUCCAAUGACGAAAUCAAAAAGAUUUCCAACUCUAUUAUUCCACCAAAACAAUAUAGAAAGGGACUCUUCUUCCUAAACAUAAUUUUCGCAAUAGCGUCUUCUGUGAAUCAUCUACAAUACCCGAUUUCCAUCUCGGAGUCGUUUCGCCUUGCAGCCAACAAGUACUUCGAAGAAGUGAAUAGCUCUACAGAUCAACUUGAAUCCUUGCUGGCUAUAUUAACAUAUUCAUUAUAUUCUACCAUGAGACCUUCAAAUCCUGGUGUCUGGUACACGAUGGGAUCGGCAUUGAGAACUUGUGUAGAUUUGGACUUGCACAACGAAAGCAACUCAUCAAGUGCCCAUAAUAUCGAUUCCUUCACUAAGGAAAAAAGAAGAAGGCUCUUUUGGUGUACUUAUUGCAUAGAUAGACAAAUCUGUUUCUAUCUAGAUCGUCCCGUGGGAAUUCCUGACGAGAGCAUCAAUACGCCUUUCCCAACAGUAUUGGACGAUUCUCUAGUUUAUCCCAAUGAAACGAUCAAGGAUUUCUCACUUCUUGCUAACUCUACGCCCUCAUACAAGACAGUCUUUUUGUCCAUGCUUCAGAUGAGAAAGAUUCAGUCAGAAGUGCAAAAGGUUUUGUAUACUAGUUUCGAAUUGCCUCGUCGUUACGAUGGGUUGGAUAGCUGGAAGAAAUCGAUCUUGAACAGGCUCGGUCUUUGGAAGCAGAAUAUCCCUAAAUCUCGUAAAGAAAUGAACUGUGACUUCAAUCUAAACUUCUUCCAUUUGAAUUACUAUCAUGUCAAGCUCAUGAUCCACGGCUUGUCCCCCAAAAAUUACAAGCUUUCAUCUAACGAUUACACACAAGUCAAGUAUGCUGCCAAGCAGAUGAUCAAUUGUUAUGCGCAAUUGUUCUCAACAAAGAGUAUCAAUUAUACGUGGGCAGCAGUCCACAAUAUUUUCAUGGCAGGAACAUCCUAUCUACACACGAUAUACAACAGUGAAGAUGCCAGAGUCGAUGAGCCAUUGCAUGAAGUGAAACGAGUAUCGUCUGAUUGUUUGAAUGUGCUCAAUUCCUUAAUCGACAGCUGCGAGGCUGCUUCUCACUGUGUAGAAGUAUUUCAAAGUUUGACAAUGGUU